AAAUGUACACACCACAAAUAAACAAAGGGGGGCUGAUGUAGGCUUGUGACGAGGAAAGACAGAGUGUGCAACUAAUGUUAAUUAUUUGAAUAAAGGAGGUUGUCUAAUGAAAAUAAGUCGCCUUUAUGAUAACAGCGUGAGUGAGUAUUAUAUUGAAGCGUCUUUGUGGGAUUUAUUAUGAGGCUAUGGCCCUGCCCCUGAGUUACAGAUAGGCUACAUUAAACCACGCGCGCCACCAGCUGCCAUUAGUGUCUGUGGCUUUUUUCUGUUCAUCGCGUGGAAAACAUCAGUGGCUUCAAAGCAGCGGUGGCAGUUUCUUGGGUGCAUGACUUUUUCUCUCUGUAACAGCCUAUUGUUGAAAACUUAUUCAACGAGUACAAUCCUGAAGGAGAGAAGUGUCGGUGGGAGGAUGAUCUGUGUUUACAUCAGGUCAUUUCAGGACGGACAUAGGAAGGAUGCAGCAGAGUUGACCGCAGCAGCACGUGUUUGAUUUAUCUUGUUUACAUCACACUGCUCCCUAGCACCUCUCUGAUUUUAUUGUUUGGUGGGUGUCCACAGUCAAUCACCCCCCUCCCUCCAACUGGCUGAUCCACUGGAAAAUAGCCAAUCUCCAAAUUGCUCAAAAUGAAUUUCGACCAAAUCCUCUCUGCCGUUGGAGGCUUCGGCAAAUAUCAGAAAAUUUUGUACAUAUGGAUUUGUUUACCCCAGAUCCUCCUCGCCUUCCACAUGAUGGUGAGCGUCUUCACAGGAGCCACGCCGCCCCAUCACUGCCGAGGGAGCCCGAGCUCAGUAACUGGGAAACAGGCUUUAUUUCCCGCUACAUUCAGCUUGAACUUCAGCCUCUCAAACUCUUCCUGCUUCUACUCCGAGGACUUGCUGCAGGGCAACCGGACGGAGCGUGUCCCGUGUAGCCACGGAUGGGUGUACAGCAACGAGACUUUCCAGAGUACAACAGUCACAGAGUGGGACCUGGUGUGUGACAAAGCUGCACUGAACAGUCUUGGCUCAUCUAUCUAUAUGUCUGGCCUGUUGGUUGGCUCUGCUGUGUUUGGGGCCAUGGCUGACAGGUACGGCCGGCGUUUCGUCUUGCUGCUGUCCAUCGCUCUUCAGACUGUGUUUGGAGUCGCAGUGGCCUUUGCCCCCAACUUCACUGUCUAUGUGAUUCUUCGCUUUGUAGUUGGCGCCACCAUCUCUGGGAUCAUCAUCAAUGCAUUUGUGCUUGGCACUGAGUGGACCUGCACCAAGAGGAGAAUGCUAGCGGGUAUCAUCACAGACUAUGCAUUUGGUCUGGGCUACAUGCUGUUGGCAGGGAUAGCAUACUUGGUACGAGACUGGAGAAAGUUACAACUUGCCAUAUCAGUCCCUGGCUUCCUUCUCAUCUUUUAUAUAUGGGUGCUUCCUCAGUCUGCCAGGUGGUUGUUGGCCAACAACAGAAGUGAGGAAGCCAUUGCACUCCUUCGCAAGGCAGCACUUGUUAAUGGUCGUGUCUUACCACCAGUUGUACAGGUUGAGAAGAUUUUAGGUGGAGCCAAGCAAAGACAUUCAGCUGUGGAUCUGGUUCGAACGCCUCAGAUGAGGAAGAGGGCUAUCAUCUUGUUCUACAUCUGGUUUGUGAAUGUGCUGGUGUAUUAUGGGCUCUCAUUGGGAGUGUCCAGGUUAGGGACAGACCUCUACCUGACCCAGUUUGUGUUUGGGUUGAUUGAGAUCCCGGCUCGAACUCUCGUCUUGCUUGUCCUGCCCUGCAGUCGCCGAUUCUCCCUAAGCGGAUUUCUGGCUCUUGGAGGACUUGCCUGUCUGCUCAUGCUCGCUAUUCCUGCAGAUUACCCCAACGUCCUGACUGGUCUGGCUAUGGUGGGGAAGUUUGGUAUAACAGCUUCCUUUGCUGUGAUAUAUGUAUACACAGCUGAGAUAUUCCCCACUGUGCUUCGGCAAACAGGAAUAGGUGUAUCCAGUAUGUUUGCGAGGAUGGGUGGUGUGUUAGCACCUAUCAUCAAUAUGCUUCAUAACAACAGCCCUGCUACACCGCUGAUCAUCUUUGGUACCUCCCCACUGCUGGGUGCUGUCCUGGCUCUGGCGCUUCCUGAGACCGCUGGCAGACCUCUUCCUGACACGGUGGAGGAUGCAGAGAACUGGGAUGAGAGGUCGCUUUCCGACAAGAAGAGCCCUGUGAUGUCAGAGGAUAAUAGCCAAUCAGUAAGCAGCACAGAGGAGCAGGAGUUAAGACAUCUAGCAAGCAAGACCUAGCAUUGUGUGAGAGAAGGCACACUUUCCUUUAUUCACAUGCCACACAGCCUCAUCCUUCAUGCAAUAAGCUUUCAGGAUCUGAUCAAGAGCUCUAUGCAAAAACAACAAGCAUAUAUCACUCACCAAACCAGGUAGCAAGUGUGCAUGGACACACACACACACACACACACACACACACACACACACACACACACACACACACAAAGCAGGUAUUCACUCAAGCUGCCAAUGCAAAUCAACAGCCUGCCAUUUUACAAAGUUAGGUAAAGAUUCCAGAAACUCUGGAAAUAAAAGUCCUCCUUUACUACAGUGCAUUUUCAGACGUUUACAUCUUUAUUCCAGUUUCAGAAGAGGUUUGAUACAGUUUAUCUAUUAGGUUAAAGAGGACCAAUUGUUCCAUUAAAACCAGAUUGUAUAUUUGUAAAUAUUUUUUUAAUCUACAAACAUCAGGUGAAACUCAAAUAUUUAAACCUGUGCUAACUUCUGAAUCAAUACAAUUUUAGAACUUGGAAAACUUAAGCUAGUGCAACUUUCUCUAAUGCAGUACACAUAGUCCUUUGCAUUUUCACAAAAAUGGAAAGGACAGUACAACACUUUCCAUUUUCCAUUACUGAAGGAUUAUACUUUAGUUAAUUUAGAAUAAGCACUUAUAUUUUCAUUAAAUUUUUUGCCUUGUCUGUGGACUGUCUCUAUUAUAUUUGUUGUCUUUCUUUCCAUCUGCUGUAUUGAGCAAGAAACUGCCUCAUUUUCUAUGUUUCAAUUCUCAAGAUAAAAGAAAUAGUCAUGUUGAAUUGCAUGCACAGGUUAACUUUAUUAUGUCCAAUGUAGCCUUUUAUUCAGCUGAUUUGUAACAUUGUUUUGAAACCAUGGGAUGAAAAUGUGAUCUGCAUGUUAAGAGAUUAUUGAUUUCAGCAUUUGAUUCUUUGUUUUAUUAUAUUGACUCAUAAUAUGUACAAUUAUUUGCUUGUUUGACUCAGAUCUGUGAAAUAGCUUGUAAUUUUUACAAGUGUUCAAGGGCUGUUAUUGUACAUAUUAAGUGAAUCUCGAAAAAAAAUCCAGGCAUGAAUGAGAAGCACAGACCAUGUUUGUUGUUAUAGUAUUUUAUAUGCUGUGACUCAGACAAAGGGGAUGAGAUUGUUGAGAAUUUUGUAUCCCUAUGGAGGAGAAAAGUGAGGACAGAACGCUUUAAAUAUGUAUGUGGAGGGAGUAACAUACUAUUCCACUCUAUGACUUUAGAACGCAUGCCUUACUGCUGCCUACUUGGUUAGUUAGAUAAACCAGAGAUAUCAGAAGUCAUGUAAUGUCAAACAAAUCCAAUUUUUAUUGCAAUGAUUCCAGCCCAGUGCAUUUCAUCUUGACAAAUUAAAAAGAACAAGUGGAAAUGUGUCACAGAAUGUGCUUUUUUACAACUGAAAUGAAGGCACUGUCGACUUUGUGCCACCUGCAGACACACGUCAAAAUCAUAAUUUAAGAAGCAGAUUUAUUGUGUGUGAGCUCUGCAGCAUCAGAUUAACACUUGUGUCACACAACAUUAAACACAUCAAAAAAUAUUAAACACAUUGAAAAAACCAUAACCCUGAUACAUCCAAAAUAAUGUGUUAUUUUUCCUCAGGCACUCACAUAGUGGUAUUAACACAAAGAAGAUGUGCUGAUCUAUGCUAGUGUAACAUAUGUUGCAUCAGUAGUGACGCCACAGUUGUUAUCUUUCAUAGACAUAAGGAUGUAGCCAUCAUUUCCCCAGUAGGUAGACCAUGAGUUCUUUAUCAACCAGUAUGGCUCCCCAUCCAAGGUGCCAUAUCCCACUGCAAGCACAGCAUGGUCCAAGUCAUCU